AUUUCUGUGGUCAAUAUAACAAACACAGUCCACAGAGCUUUCUCUCUCUCCUCUCUCUCUCUCUUCUCUCUCUCUCUCUCAUCACCACCCCAAAAAAUGGCGGCCACACGAGUGAUAGCGUCAGUGAGCAGCGCCGUCUCCGGCGGUCUUCUAACCAAAACUCCGUUCGUCGGAAAACCUCAAAGCGUCAGCUUUUGCUUCAGAAGCAACAGAUUGUUGACGCAGAGAAGGCGAGUAUUCACCUGCAGCGCGAUAUACAAUCCGCAGCUUGAAACCAAGGAAGAGGGCGAGCCCGAAACCCUAGACUACCGCGUCUUCUUUCACGACAAUUCCGGCAAAAAGAUUUCGCCUUGGCAUGAUAUACCGUUGCGUUUGGGUGACGGUGUGUUCAAUUUCAUAGUCGAGAUUCCGAAAGAAUCGAGCGCGAAAAUGGAAGUUGCUACAGAUGAGCUGUACACUCCCAUUAAGCAAGACACUAAGAAGGGAAAACUCCGAUACUAUCCAUACAAUAUUAACUGGAACUAUGGAUUGCUUCCACAAACAUGGGAAGACCCUUCACUUGCAAAUGCCGAUGUUGAGGGUGCAUUUGGAGACAAUGAUCCAGUUGAUGUGGUUGAGAUUGGGGAAACCCGAGGAAAAAUCGGGCAAGUGUUGAAAGUGAAACCAGUAGCUGCGCUUGCAAUGAUCGACGAGGGGGAACUUGACUGGAAAAUAGUUGCGAUUUCUUUGGAUGAUCCAAGAGCUGCCCUUGUUAAUGAUGUCGAAGAUGUUGAAAAGCAUUUUCCGGGAACACUUACUGCAAUUAGAGACUGGUUUAGAGACUACAAAAUCCCUGACGGCAAACCGGCUAACAGGUUCGGCCUUGGCGACAAGCCAGCAAAUAAGGAGUAUGCUCUUAAGAUUAUUACCGAAACAAACGAGUCGUGGGCUAAGCUGGUGAAAAGAUCUAUCCGUGCAGGCGAACUCUCUCUCGUCUAAUAAUGCAUGCCACAUGUCGAGUUUUGAGCUUUUGAUUUUUCGCGCAUCACUAGUAAGAAACUCAAUGUCUCUUGCUUUUGCGCCUCCUGGUUUUUACAUUUGUCGAGAUUGAAACGAAUGAAACUUUUAUUUUUUUCCCUUUUUUUUUGGUUUAAUUUAAGGUUGUAUCGUUUCAGCAACGCAACUGCUGCCCUCUUAUUUAGAAACGAAGUUUUUUUAUAGACCAAUUCAUCGAGAUUGUUUG